AUUCCCUGUAAUUAAAGGGGCAAAAGUAACACUACUAAAAUUCCAGGGAUUUAAACUGAAAUUUGCUAAACAAAAAGUGCAUAUAUAAAUAGAAAGUGAAACGGUGGGUUGUAAAGAAUGUGCGAGAGUUCGUCAUUUCGGAGUACUUGUCGUGGCGACGGCGAAAAGGCGGCAGCCGAAUUGAUUCAUCGAAUUUACUGCUGGAUGAUAUGAUAAUUCCGAGCACAAAAUUCAGUUCUUCGAUUUGGAAACCGAAAAAUGGAUCGAAAAUGACUUGGAUUGUUUCUCCUGGGCUGAGAUUUUCAGUCACUGUAGUCGCGUUGGGUGCUGUUGGUGUUUUGGUGAUUAAAGCCAAACAUUUGAUUGAAUCAAAUCCUUUGGACCAAGGAACCGUAUCUCCUAGGGCUUGGAUUGUCCCUGGGCUGGAAAAUCUCGGGAACAACUGCUUCCUGAAUGUUGUUUUGCAGGCGUUGUCAAGCUGUCCGAGUUUCUGGAAGUAUCUUUUGGAGAUGGUUGAGGAGCAUGGAUCAUUUUCAUACGAUGGAGAUGAAGAUAUGCCGCUUGUUACGUCGCUAGCUUCACUAGUGGAAGAACUACGUACUGUACGCCAUGGGCAAACAGUUCUAAGUCCUCGGAAAGUGAUGCUUGCAAUGGAUCAUUAUAUUCCAAACUUUAACCUAACUAAGCAGCAGGAUGCUGAGGAAGCAUUUUCUCAUCUUUUAUGUUCAUUGAGAGAAGAAAUAUCGGAACAUUGUGUCCCAGUUAAAAGCUACUUGGCACAACUGCCUGUACUCCCUAAUGGUAGGUAUGUUAUCAGAACACAAACUGAUGAGGAGAGCAGAUGGCAAAAAUGGAAGCUGACAUUUCUUAAGCCUUUCGAUGGGAUCCUUGGCAGCAUCUUAGUAUGCCAAAGCUGUUCGUUUCAGAUCUCUCUUGAAUUUCAAAUGUUCCAUACUCUACACCUUGCACCCCCAAUGAGCAGUGAUGCUACAAUUGAUGGAAGCACACUGGAUGAUUGCCUUAAGAAUCAUUUUGCGGCAGAACGUCUAGAGAAUUAUUGCUGCAGCAAUUGUUGGCAUGCAGCUGCAAUUGAAUACGCCUGUUCAUUUUCUGAAAAAACAGAUGUUGAAACGCUUCAACUCUGUAAUAAAAAUGAUUCCUGUAACUGUAAGUCUCUUCCAUCCCUUGGCGCGUUUCCUUGGUUGAAUAGAUUCUCCCGCACUUUCAAGCAAUUGAGUGUUGCUCGGAGCCCUAAGAUUCUGUGCAUUCAUCUGCAACGAGCUUCAUAUGACAUGUUUGGACAAUCCGUAAAACUUCAGGGCCAUGUGUCCUUUCCUUUGAGCUUUGAUCUGUCGUCAUAUGUAAUGAGUCGAGUGGGGCUUAAAAGUAUGGAUUCGAAUCUGCAAUUCGGACAGUUGAAACUGGGCAGCAACAAUAUGCGCCCGCUCCCUUACUCCGUGUACCAAAACAUGCUAAAUAGCAAAGCGAGGAAUGAGGCUAACGAUUGUGCCGAAACAGAUCCACCCGAGGAACAAGCAAGAAGAAAUGCCGGCACAAUCGGGAGUGGUCACUGCUCGAAAGUUUCUGAGCCUCUACCGAGCUUAUCGGAUUCAAGAUGCUGCGACGAUGGAAAGGCAGAUAGUGAUCGCCGUUUGGAACCACCGCGGCGCUCACGACCCCAAAUGUACCGUCUGGUGUCAGUUGUGGAGCACUUUGGAAGCAGCGGAAGCGGGCAUUACACGGUAUACAGAAAAGUAAUGGGGCGGGUGGGCGAAGAAGGAGGUGCAGUCGGGCUGCUGGAAUCGGCCAUCGAGGAGUGGUUUCGGAUAUCGGAUUCGGAAGUGUAUCCGGUGGGGGAGAAGGAUGUCCUGAUGGCAAAUGCAAGUAUGUUGUUCUAUGAGAAGGUUUCAAAGUAGAAAGAAUGCUGCUCGUUGAAUCCAGGUUAGUUUCGCUUUGGUCACUUUUGGGCAGUAGGGUUUUGUCUAAUUCUAUUUUUGGAUAGAGAUUUUAUGGAUAGAUGAAAGUAAUUAAACGAGCAUAUUAAAUAAUUAAAUAUUGAUUUUUAAUUAAAUUUAAAAUGCCUGCACGAUUUUAUUAGAAAUUUUGGGCUCAUUAAAUUUAUGGAUGUGUAUUUUUUGUUUUUGCAUAGAUUGAUUUCAAACUA